UUUGAGUGUCGUCUCCAAAUUUUGAAAAGGAUAAAUUUUCGAUUACAUAAAUGAAUAAGAAAAAAAUGUUGAUGACAUAACAUCAUCGUUGUUAUCAAACCCUAUUUUAUAUUUUAGUGAGAAAAAAAAUAUCUAAGACAAAUAUUCCUAUCUAAUAUUAUUCGUUUGUUUUUCAUUUAAAAGAUUACUUUUUAAAACGCAUAUACAUAAAAAGAACAAAGAAUAAACAUAAAGAAAGAUAAUAACAAGUACAGUGAGAACUAAAACAAUGGCUGCCUUAUUGGAGCUAGCUAAAGAUGCAUUUAAAACUCAUAACUAUGUUUUAUCAUGUGAGAUCUACGAAAGGUUAUUGCGUGAAAAUUGUCGUAAAACGACUGAAAUGUAUUUUGGAUACGGUGAUUCACUUGCAAUGUGUGGACGAAUAAAAGAUGCCAUUGAUAUAUAUUGUCAUAUUUGUUACCAGCUGUGUGAAAUAAUACCUGUAGAAAAAUUGAAAUGCUUAUCAACAUCAAUAAUAGAAUUUAUCGUUGAUAAGCGGACCACAAGUGUCAAUGUUAAUGGCACAAACUAUAUGACGAACUCCAAUAUGGAUCAUGUGGACCCACUAUGCUGUCCCAUUUGUGAAGAUGUUCUAAAAUAUCCUGUGACAUCAAUAUGCGGUCACACUUUUUGUCGCGAAUGUAUUUUUGGCCGCUCAAAGUGCAUUUUAUGUUGGAAGAAAUUCCCUUUUAAUAAUACCUCAGUUCAAAAUCAAUUUGAACCACAAACCUCAUCAUCACAUUGUACAGCAGUCAAAAAUUCUACUGUCACAUCAGAAAUUCAUCCUGCUUCAUCAAAUAGCAAUGAAGAAAGUUGCAUUUUUUUGGCGGAAAAAGAAAACUGCAAGGCGAUCUUUGAAAGUGUUAUUAAAAGUAAUGGUUUAGAGCAAGAUAUUCUUGUUCGAAGAUUAGUGGAAAAAUGGUGGAGUUCACUUCUAAAAGCUUCAAAAUUCAACAAAGAAGCUGAACAGUAUCUCGAAAGAAACCUAUGGGAUGAAGCUUUGAAAGUUUGCAAUCAAAGUUUAGAAACUGCACCUAAUAAUUUUAAGGGACUUUUACUUCGCUCUCAAGUUUUAUAUCGAUUGAAACAUUAUCAAAGUUCAUUGGCCGAUGCCGAAAAUUCAAUCAACUCACGACCUUCGUCUUACAAAAGCCACUAUCGUAGAGCGCUUGCUCUGAAUGGUCUUGGGAGAUAUGAAGAAGCUCUUUUGGCAUUUUGUGUUUCAAUUUGUUUGGAUAAAAAAUCAGAAAACAUUUCAUCACCUUUGCAGUAUGAUAUAUCUCGGCUCUUACAGAAAAUACUCACAUCAAACCGAUCUAUAAGCAGUCACCUAAUAACAACUUCAUUCCCAUAUGGCAUUUCAUCAUAUAGAAGAAAUCAAAGAUAUUUCAAUGGACAAGAACAUCAGAUUAUAUGCAUCAGAACAAAUCAACAUGACUAUGAAGAUGAAGGAAAUUCGAGCUGUGGUGAAGGAGAGGAUUACCACCAUUUUUUAAAUCGAAACCGAAAUCGUCACAAUCGUAGACUUUUUCGCCGUUUAAACAAUAUUAAUCACAAUCAUUUAGAUAGCCAACAAAUUAUUCCAAGGAAAAAUGUUCGAUUACGGAUACUUUUUGAAAGAGUUUUUCAAGAAAUUGAGAAAUACCGAAGGAUGGAGCUGAAACCAAUCUUACUAGAAGUUAACCCUCUACAUAUUGAACCAUCAGAUUUUGAUUGUGUGCUUUGUUGUCGCACGUUGUAUCAACCAGUGGUUACACCUUGUGGUCACACAUACUGCUGGGUUUGUUUAGAUCGCAGUAUGGAUUACUCAGGUUAUUGUCCUUUAUGCAUGGCACCACUCAUCGAAAAUUAUCCAACACGAUUAAAUACAAAUCAAGUUCAAUAUCCAACAAUGCUUUCUUUAUCUCGUCGUAACACAACGCGAUUUAUUGAACAAGCAAUGAAACGUUUCAUUCCAAAAAUUUAUGAAAAUAGACGAUCACAAGAGUUAGUAAAAGAACCUGCUAUACCAAUCUUCAUAUGUACUACCGCAUUUCCAUCAGUACCUUGUCCAUUAUUUAUAUACGAACCAAGAUAUCGUCUUAUGGUUAGACGUGCAAUUGAAAAUGGAACUCGUCAAUUUGGUAUUGUGUUGGCUCAAAAUAAUCGUCAAAAAUAUGCUGAAUAUGGAACUUUAUUAGAAAUACGAGACUGUGUGCAACUUGGAGAUGGAUGUUCGAUACUUAGUACCUUAGGAACCAAGCGCUUUCGAGUAUUGAAUAGAAGUGAAAAAGACGGAUAUGAUACGGCAAAUAUAGAAUUUAUUAAAGAUGUUCCUAUCUGUAGCGAAUCCAUCUUAGAAUUGAACUGUCGUGUUAUGGAAAAAGCCAAGGAAUGGUGCAAAAAUCUACCAGAAAACAUUAAAGAUGAGAUUUUAAAAAGUUUUGGAAAAAUGCCAGAUUUAGAGGAAAACUGGAGUAUAAGUAACGACGGCCCAUCAUGGACAUGGUGGAUGAUUGCGAUAUUACCAUUAAGUCCAUUAUUAAAGGUGAACAUUCUUGCGACAACAAGUUUAGAAAAACGUUUACGAGCAAUAGACAAAACUUUGAUUGAAUAUAUGGCAGCUCAGCAAAAAAGGGCGUUAUGCUUGUUAUCUGAAUGUGAAGGAUUGUCAGAGUGCCGUGCUAUUGAAUGUUGUCAAAGAGCUACCUCCACACAAAAUCAUCUUCAAUUAGAGGAGAGAAAUCAUCGAAAUCAGUCCACAGAAUGUCUCCUUUAAAUAAAUUGAAAGUUUUUGAUUCUAACAUACCUUUUGAAAUUUCCACAUCUCAUGGCAUCCAACUUGGGAAAUCUGAGUUUUACAAGAGAAUAGAAACCUUAUGAUAGGUACUUAAACGAGAGAAAAAUUUUUAAAAAUACUCUUUUUCAUUGUUUAGUUUUUUUAAGCUUACGAAACUCGUCUCUUUAAAAUGUUUGAUUUGGUCUAAUAAUAC